AUGGACGAUUUAUCCGGUCUAAGUUGGGCGCCUUCCAGACCCUCGCCACUGCCUAAUGAUCAAAAGCAAGCGUCAACCGGAAACUACUAUCCGAUCUUACGUCCUACCCCUCCCUUGUCCGGACGUUCAACCCCUGCAAAUAGUGGACUUAAUGGAAUUGGACAGAAACCAAACACUCAAAAUGCAACCGGAAGUCAAGGCGUAACACCCAACAACGACAGCUUUGCGAAUCUCGUCAGUUUCAAUGCCUCUCAGCCAAACAAGACUCUGUCAUUGCAGGAACAACAGAGGGUCAAACAAGAGCAACGAACAAAAGCUGAGGAGCAGCGAAGGCGACAAUUCGACUCUCAAUUGAACAGCCUGGGAACAUUAUCUUUGUCCGCGAACGUAUCUGGCAGCUCAACUCCAAAUCAAGUCGCUUCUCCAGGAAUUCAUGGAGGUUCGCGUGGAUUGGAGGAGAUAGGGAGUUCCUUUAAAAAUGGAAUUCAAACAGCAAACGGUGGACGAAGAGUACCUACUGAAGAUGAGGCCGAUAUAUUGGCUGCAUUCAGCGCCUCUGCGCCCGUCGACAAAUCAAGCCAUAUGGCCCCUGUCAGUCAGUCUAGCUCAGCGCAUGUGGCUGGAGCUGGCUCAAGAAAUGCUAUGACAGCUCAAGUCCAUGAGGAUUCCGUUCAAAGCCCUGACGAUGAUGAUCCCUUUGGUCUUGGCGGCAUGACCCCUCACCCUGUAGAGCAAGCACCUAAGCCAGUUAUCGAAGAUGGGGAUGAUGUACUUGGAGACCUCAGCAAACCUGUCGCUGAAUUCGCUCAGCGCAAGAAGGAGGAAGAGCAAAAGAUGGCGUCAGCUGCAGAAAGUCCAUCCGGUCCAUUGGAUGGUGCAAUUGCUGAAUUGGUAGACAUGGGCUUUCCUCCUGCAAAAGCAAAGCUUGCUCUUCAAAGUACCGAAUCAGGGUACGAUGUCCAAGCUGCCGUAGGCUGGCUGUUGAACCAGGCUCAUGAGGACUCUCGCAAAGAGAAACAGCAGCAAAAUGGCACUCGUCGCAACUCAUUGAACGCCCAGAGCAGUAGACGAACGGCAGGGAGAAGGAAAAGCUCUGGGGGAGGCAGUGCUCAGCCUGCUUGGAUGCGGGAACAAGAUCGAAGGCCUACUAAUUCCCACCGACCUGACAGCAAAUCUCCCAACAAAGGCGAGAAAGACCCCGCACAGCUUGCCCAAGAGAUCGGUAGCAAUCUUUUUAAGACUGCCAACUCUAUUUGGAAGACUGGAACAAAAAAGAUCAAUAAAGCAGUCGCUGAUCUCAAUUCAGAUACUGACCCGAAUCAGCCAAAAUGGAUGAGAGACGCUCAAGUUGGGGCGCAGCCCCGAAAACCAACAAUAGACCCGCGGAUUGCUAGGGCGUAUAAUCAUGACAGACAAAAGGCGGAAGCAUCACAGCGCGCAGCCUCUUCCGCGCAGCAGACCGAUGUCACUGAUGAGGCGCUUCUACUUGAGUCUGCUGAAGGUCGACCUCAGCGAAACCAGAGUAGUUGUCCAAAUGCCGACUCUCGGAGCAACUCCCACGAGAUGAGACAAGACUCGAUGACCUUGCCAGUAAGGUCCGGGGUUUCACCAGCACCGAUUACAAAGUCACCUCAACCUAACCCAAUCAACGACCGAAGAUCGAAGCUGAGCCGACAAGCCGUAGAAGAGGAAGCAGCGGAUGCGUACGUAAGCCCUGCAAGACGACGACGGCCUGCCGCUGCCACAGUGGCCAAGUCGAAAGAGCUAGAACCAGAACCGGAUCUUUUAGGAGACUAUGCGGAAGCUACGACGCACUACACAUCAUCCCUGACUGUCCUACCAUCAUCUCAUCCUCUCAUACUUCCGACCUUGACCAAUCGAGCCCUUUCGAACCUGAAGACUGGAGAUCCAAAAGCAAGUAUUGCUGAUGCAAAAGCCACACUCGACUUCAUCGGAUUAUCUAGAGGCCAAGGUGAGACCGUGGACCUAGGCGGCAUCGAAGGAACAAAACCGAUGGAUCUUUACUGGGGCAAAGCAAUGACCCGACAAGCUGAAGCCUUCGAGCAAUUAGAGAAAUGGUCCGACGCAGCAUCAGCAUGGCGUGCAUGUGUAGAAGCAGGAAUAGGCGGCGCCACCAGCAUCGCCGGACGUAACCGCGCCGAAAAUGCAAUGAAGCCAAAAGCUACCGCGCCGCUAAAGAAACCUGUAUCGCGCCCUCCAGUUCGACCAUCAGCUCUUGGUGACCUUGCACCAGCUUCAGCGCAAUCCGCGGAGGCUGUGACGCGUCUUCGUGCAGCGAACGCUGCAGCAGAUAAACUUGAUGAUGAGAAAUUCAAGCUUGCAGAUCUUGUAGACGCAAGGGUCCUGAAAUGGCGGGCUGGCAAAGAGGGCAAUCUGAGAGCGUUGCUGUCGAGUCUUGAAACGGUGCUUUGGGAGGAAGCCGGUUGGAAGAAGGUCGGUAUGGGCGAUGUGCUACUGCCCAAUAAGGUCAAAAUUAUUUAUAUGAAGGGUAUUGCUAAGGUGCAUCCUGACAAGUUGUCAAUAAACACGACUACGGAGCAAAAAAUGAUCAGUGCGGCCGUGUUCGCAACAUUGAAUGAGGCGUGGGAGAAGUUUAAGCAGGAGAACGGGCUUUGA